AUGGGGUCCGAUGGCUCCUCCUCAGCCUCCAGCCUCUACGACUCCCUAUCUCAUACCUCCCAAUCGCUUAACCGCUCCGGCAUUGCGGCCUUGAGACAACUCCUGGCUGCACAACGCGCUUCCUACACAUCCGUCGCAAACUACUUUUCCUCCAUCUAUCGCAAUGACAAGCUAAAUUGGAGCCAAAUCGUGUUUCUUUCUACCUGUGUUGCUACCUGCGUUGCUACCAUGGUAGGCUGUGGCAUCGUCUCUUCUUUUAUUCGACGCAAAUGGUCUCCCAAAGGCCGUUCCUCGUCGUCGCAACGCUCGGCGCGGAACCCUUCCUCCACCAAAUCAAACAAAUCCACAAAGACCCUCACCUCGUCGGAUGAUGAUUACGAAGAUGAUGACUAUGAUAGCAAUGGGUCGCUGCGCCAUGGCAUGGAUCCUAGCCAGGCUAAGGCGACCGAGUGGUCGGCGGAGCCUCAGCAACAAAGCUCUGAUGCUGCCAAAACCGAUCCUGGUCUGCUUAAGAAGUUCACCGAAUUCGUCUCCUACACGACCUCUAAAGCAUCCUACCCGGCGAUUCGAACUUUUUACAGUCCCCACCCACAACUGAGUCGCCUUCCGACCAAACCCUCGCCCCUCCCGCUCCUCGUUUUCGUUCAUGGAUUAGGUGGAUCGCUUGCGCAAUUUCACCAUCUCCUUACCAGUCUUUCAAACAUUGGAUCUUGUUUUGGUAUCGAUUUACCAGGUUGUGGCUUGUCGAAGUUUGCGCCAACGGAAUGGGACGCUUACACGGUGGAGGCCCUAGCCGAACUGCUGGUCGUAGCGAUCGAACGGCAUCGAGAUCGUGAAGCUGGACAAGAGGUCAUUCUCAUCGGACAUAGCUUGGGUUGCUCUCUAUCUGCCCUGCUUGCUUCUUCCAACUCGCCCAUUGGCAAGAGCCUCAAAAAUCAUAUCAUCGGCCUUAUCGCAGUGUGCCCUCGAGCAACACCUCCUUCUGCGGAAGAUGCCACAUCAUUUCGUCGACUUCUUCACAUCCCCGGUGCGAUCUUUGAUUUGUGGCGUCGCUGGGACCGCCGUGGCGGCACACAAAGCGCCAGCGUGAUGCGAAUGGUGGGCAGCGAUGCGGAUGCGGAGACCCGAGACCUUCAAGUUCGCUAUAAUAAACAAAGCCGCACGCCAGUUUGGCGUCGCAUGGCAUGGGGGACUCUUCCUUCUUACAAGACUGGAGAGGCUGUUGGCGGUAUGCCCGGCGAGAAAGUUUGGACUGGCAUUCGUAUGCCAAUCCUGCUAGUCGCAGGCGAGGCUGACGCAGUCACGAAGCCCGCUGAAAUUCAAAAGCUUUUGAAAUUAUUUGGCGAUGCCUCGUCUCACACUAGCAUCGAUACUGCUGGGGGCAGCAUUAUCCCCGAUGCAUCGCAAGUUCACGAUCAGAUAACACCGCCGACCGAUCAACGCGCUCACGAUGAGGCGUAUGGCAUCCAGUCCAGCGAGAUGGAAAAGACACUUGUGGAUCAGACCUCUAGCGAACGGAAGCGACUAGUCAAGUCUGCCAUCUUGCCAGCACCAGCCUCUCAUGCCCUGCUCUACGACCGAGCUACCUACCGCACCCUCGCGGGAAUCAUUCAAGAUUUCCUCUCGUCCCACAUUGAUAAGCGACUCGGCCUUGGCUGGCAACUCCAAUACCUCAACACAUCGGGGAAGUGGGAUGUCAAGAACUUAGCCAAGUGGCAAAAGGUUGUUCCAGUCUCGAAGCCCAUCGGCAGCACAUUUGCCGCUCUGAAGAUGCUUCGCGAGGUAGACGAGCAGCACAACCCGGUUUGUUUUUCUGCCCAGUAUAAAGGCAAGAUUUAUGCGGUUAUCGACAUCAGCCACGAGAGCCCCGUGUACAAUCCUGCAACCCUGGAAGCAGGCGGCAUUCGCUAUUGCAAGCAACCAACUGUUUCCAAGAUCCCUCCUACUCCUGACGAGACUCGCGACUUUAUUGCUCUUGUUGAUCGUCUUCAGGGAGAUAUCGACGAGCAAACGUCUGCGGACGAAAAGGAGCACUCGGUCCGGCCGCUCGUCGGUGUGCACUGCCACUACGGGUACAACCGUACUGGCUUUUUGAUCGUCUGCUACCUCAUCGAGCGACUGGGGUAUGGAGUUCAGGAUGCGAUUGAUGAAUUCAAUCGGUGCCGGCCACCGGGCAUUCGACAUGGUCAUUUCAUUGAUACGCUGUUCGUGAGGUAUUGCGUGGGACUGAAGAGAGCGCCUACUUUGUAA